AUGUCCCCGGCAUAUGUGAUCGACCUCCAUAAUGAUUACAAUCAGCCAGGAGAUCAUAUCGCAGUCUGGACUUUCUCUAAAUCGUGUCUUGACAGUCCAGUUGGCGAUGAGCAAGAUUUGCUAGGAGUCAAGGUGGACGUUUGGCUUUCCGCUUGUCAAAGAAAUCGUACACUUACUAUCAAGAUCAAGAACGACACCGAUCAUACCUACCGCUCAUUUUCCCGGAGUCACUAUUCCCGAAAUCUUACUAAACUGAACGUACCAAAAGACCUGAUUCACGGCUCAUCAAUGAUGGAUCAGUCCUCCAUGAUUGCCCAUGCUGGAUCACUUGGAAAUGGAAUUAGCGGAACCAGCGGGAGCUAUUACGCGUCUCUUACUUCGCAGUUCCUCAUCGGCAUCUUCAACCAAGCCAUCCAUGAGGACUUGAAUCUCGAGAACAUUGCGAGGGAAACCAGAGCCUGCAAAAUGGACUUUGGAUUCUGUACCUCGGUCAGCGGUCCUACGGCUAGCAUCCAUGUCGAUGUUGAUGGGAAACCUACAGCGACGUACAACACCACCCAGGCUGACAUUGUAGACUGGCAUGCUGCUCAAAAGCGACGGCCGCAAAGUCUCAUCAUGGCUGAAGUGAAUACUGUAGCUGAGACUUCAUACGGGCUGCAAUCUCUGAUUGACAAGCUACCCGGGCUCGCAAAGCCUAUCGACUGGGAUGCUCCAGCUGGUGGCGGAAAAGCGGCGACAGCUGAAUGGAUUGGCUCUGUUGAGUGGCCAUUUCCCCCCACCUCCCUGAGCACCGUCGCUGCAGUUGCCGCUAUUGCCAGUCAUUUGAUUGCUAGAGGCUACUCCUUGAGCUAUGAAGCUCGCGAGAGCGGUGGUGGCGACGGCUGCAGAACGAUCAUCAUGUUCUCCUUCGGUUCGACUGGCCAAGGAGUCCCCGAGGGAUUCGAUGCCUCCAAAGAUUGGGCGAGCGCUGUGGGGACACUUGAUCAGGAAGGCCCGUUCAAUUUAGUCAACAUGGGCUUGCUCAGGCAACACCCCGAAGUCAUUGAGUCUUGCAUGUCAAAGAGACGUUUGUCUCUAGGGGAGUUCAGAGACGCCCUGAAUGCUGAUGUUGAUGCCAGCACAAGUAUUACUCACAGAUAUACUAUGCUGUGA